AUGGAAGACACCUUAGCCAAGUUCUCGGCGGUGCUCGACGGCGAUCUCACUGGACAUUCAGGCCCACCUGUGUGCAUCGACCUGGCUGAAGACGCGACACCCAAGAUUCUUGGGUGUCGCGUCGCUUUACGCGAUGUCGACUUGGGUGUCGACAACGACUUGGGUGUCGCGUCGCUUUACGCGAUGUCGACACAUUCGGUGGGUGUACUCUUCUACGGCAUCGUCAGUACCUACGGUGUUAGCCGGAAGGACGCAUCAUGGCCACUUGUGCUGAGCCAGAGCCUGUCUUUCUUGGCAGGAGGCGCUGCCGUCUCCGCCUGCUUCUUCGCUGACAGCAUCCUCUACUUAAAUAUCCUGUUUGGAAUUGUGUAUGAGUUCGCCAGCAUGUCAGUCGCGGUUAAUGCCAUAUCUUUCUCUCUAGUUGCUUUUGGGAUGUCUACGUUUCUUCUGUUGUCGGUGGAUAUUGCCGUAGACAAAGGAAUUAUGCCAUCCAGUGGCGUCUUUUUACUAAACGCUUUCGCAGUGGCUGACAUUGCGACGAGACCGCUAAGUGGUGUUGUCAUUGACUCUGGUCUUUUAACGCUAGAAAGCGUUAUGCUGCUGGGAUACGUUCUUCAGCUUCUCGCGCUCGAACUAUUCGUAUGGUUGGACGCUUUCCCGCUGCUUCUGGCUUCCUCUGUUAUAUUUGGUGUCAGUAAUGGGUCAAGAAUCACCCUGCUCCCGCCUUUUUUGGCUAAAGAAUUCGGAGUCGACCGUAUGCCCGGGUUGCUCGGCGGAGUGUCCUUCUGGAGCGGCGUGGUGCUUAUCAGCGGGCCAUUUUUGGUUGGUUACUGGAGGGACAACCUUGGAUCCUACGAUGGUAUUCUUCAUUUUGUGGCUGCACUAAACGCUGCUGUUGCGGUUAUUUGGGUUGCAAAGCUUUAU